AUGAAUAAAAUAGGUAUGAUACUAGAUGUAGGAAAUGAUGACAGUGUGAUCAAUUAUUCAAUACGACAGCGAAGACCAAAUGCGCUGACUUCUAGAAGAUAUGAACGUGUUACUCAGGAUACUAUUGUAGAGGAAUUGUUUCGGGUAAUAUUGGAUCCAUUAAAUAAAAAUUUACUCAAUAAAGUGGUUGAAAUGAUAAAAAUAUUUGAAUUUAAGAGGGUGGAAAUGAUGGAGAUUGACAAGUUGAAAUUUGGGAAGCUGUCUCAAGAGGUAAUUAAGAUUAUGAUGGGAAUACGAAACGAAAUGGAAGUAAUGAUACGGUAUUUGAAAAUAAUAGAUUUUUUAUUGUCAUUUUCAGUAAAUAAGAACGGUAACAAUGGAGUUUACAAUAACUGUUAUAUUUUUAGGUUAAUUGAUCACAUUUUCAAGAAUUAUGGAGAAAAUGGAGAGAUAUUAAAUUUUCUAUAUGGAAUGAUCAGGAAGAAUCAGGACACUUUGAUGAAAUAUGUACUUGACGAAUGGAGUUUGUUUCAACUCUAUAAGCUAUCUAUAUUGGAAAUGAUACAAUCACUAAAAAGUGACGAAGAUGAAAAAGAGGAGGAAGAAGCAGAACCAAACAAUGAGAUGUGUAAUGAGUCUUCAGGUAGGAACGCUUUACCAUUAUUGUUCCUGCAGACAAUAAAUCCUGUUGUUGCAGCUUGCGCAGCGACAGGAACGACAGCAGCAGUAGUACCAUGUAACAUUAUAAAUUUUCAAGAAUGUCCGGAACAGAUGACUGUAUUUCAAGACGAGGAUGCAUUAUUACCCCCACAGCAAUAUGCAGAUUUAUUCAAUUUGAACCACCACGUGCUGCCUAGUAAUACACAAGAGACAAAGAAGAAAUGGAGGCGGUUCCACAAAUUGAAACAAUGGUUUAAGAGGAGGAUUGGCUCAAAAAAGGAAAAAAUGAAGAAGAGGGUAAUAAGCGCACAUUACUAUUCCUAA